UACUUAUUUUAAACAAAUUACACGAGUUGAUUCUUGUAUAUAAAGUACAUUUUAUGCUCAUAAAGCUCAUAUACUAUUUGUUUUUUACUAUAUGAUCAUUAUUUUAGUGCACAUCACCAGUAAGGAACAAACAGCUCAUUUGUUUGCAACUUUCUGAAAGACACAUUUCUGACAACUUCUGUUUUAUUUAAAAAAGAAGGCAUGGCAUCUUUAAUUCACGUUUAGGACCCCAAUGCUCUGGUAAAUGCAACCUCCUGUGAGUCAGACGCCAAAAUUGGGAAGGCGUGGUCACUCAUCAAGUACCGGAGUUUCCAGUGGAGGCUGUGCGUGACCUGCUGUUGGUUUCGGCACCGACCAGUUUAUGUAGAGUCUGUCAGUGGGAACCACAGGGCUGCGCACAGAGGUCUGGAGGCUCUGGAUUAAAAAGCGCACCGAUACUGCGCAUGAAUUUGCUCUUUUUUAUUCUCCCUGUUCGAGUUCUGUGCGUGUAUUAUCGGAUGCUGAAUGCAGGCACUCGCCGUGCCAAGAAUCCAUCUCUGACGGACUAACCAUGGACAGCAUAGGCAGCAGCCGCUGCAAGAUCGUGGUGGUCGGGGAUACUCAGUGCGGGAAAACGGCGCUCUUGCACGUUUUUGCCAAGGACUGCUACCCAGAGAACUAUGUGCCCACUGUGUUUGAAAACUACACAGCCAGUUUUGAGAUAGACAAGCACCGGAUUGAGCUGAAUAUGUGGGACACGUCAGGUUCCACUUAUUAUGACAAUGUAAGGCCGCUGGCGUACCCUGAUUCAGACGCUGUUCUCAUCUGUUUCGACAUCAGCCGGCCAGAAACAUUGGACAGCGUUAUUAAAAAGUGGCAAGGAGAAACGCAAGAGUUUUGUCCCAACGCCAAAGUGGUGCUGGUGGGCUGUAAGCUUGACAUGAGGACAGACGUCAACACCCUGAGGGAACUCUCUAAGCAGCGACUAAUCCCCGUCACUCAUGAACAGGGCAGCGCAAUAGCCCGACAGAUGGGGGCAGUCGCCUAUGUGGAGUGCACCGCCAAGGUUUCUGAGAACAGCGUGCGAGACGUGUUCCACAUUACUACUUUAGCAUCUGUGCGACGACCGCACAACCCGCAGCUAAAACGCAGCAGUUCCCGCAGAGGCCUGAAGAGAGUGUCACAAGUCCCCCUGCCACCUCUGACGGGUCGGACUGAGCAAACGGACCAAGCCCCAGCCAUGCGGAAGGACCGGGCCAAGAGUUGUAUACUAAUGUAGAGUCCAAGCCUCAGUCAUAUACAGUAUAUAUGUAAAUACACAAAAACAGAAAUAUAUGAAAGAGAAAGUCUAUUUAUUAUUUGAUGGUUCUGUUUUGUGCAUCUUCAAUUAUUUGCACUGUAGACAAGGGAAGAGAGAAAAACACUGCUCCGUGAAAACGAAUGCUUUGGACAUUAUUUCCCUUUUUUGCUGUGUGUGUGCAUAUUGUAGAAGCUGUUUACCUCUUUGUGUUGUUUUGAAACCAUGGAAAAUUGGACUAACCCUCUGGAAAUGCAGAAGCUGCGAUAGUGGAAGUGCCGUCUCGUCGGAGGGAAUUAAAGUGAAAUUAAUUUCCGGAGAAGGAUGGCAGAGCGGAGAGUGGCCUAGUGAGGGGAGCCGUGUUGGUUCAGGAUAUCUGCAAAUGAAACUUGUUGUUUUCACGGAAAGUGUUGCUUGGCAGAGAUGAGCUGCCUGAAGAUACUUCCUGUUGCCAUAUUUGCGAGAAAAACAAGCAAAGCCACCAUUUAUGCUGACAGUGGACUAGCGUUUAGCUGAAUGAUGGUGGAAAGAGACGGAAAUGUUGUUAUUGAUGUGUGUGUGUAUGAGAGAGAGAGAGAGCACUACCACCAAAAGUGCAUUUUAGGAAACAAGUAUUGAAUUCUUUGUUUCAGUUUAACACUAUUUUUUCUCAUUUGCUUCAGUUGUGCCAGUUUGAUUCACUGAAAUUAAUGCUGUUAACACAAUUUCAAAGAUACUUCUUUGUGGAAAAAUAAAAAAAGGUUGAAAACUGGGA